UGUGUGUAUGAGUGUGUGUGAGCAGGAGAGAGAGAGAGAGAGAGAGAGAGAGAGAGAGAGAGAGAGUGUUUGAGUGUAUGUGAGAGUAUGUGCUAUGCCUGCAGUUUGCCAGACAUCAGCAGCAGGUUGAGAACAAACACGUAGAGAAGAGAAGAGAGGAGAGAAAGAGAGAUAGAGAGAGAUAAAGAGAGGCAGGGAGUGAAGGAGAACAUCACACCAUACAUCUGAUAGAACUUUACACUAACCUUCUACCUACAAGUCAGAGCAGGAAUGAUGAUGCUGCCCUGCGCCAGGUCACUGCUGUUGUGUGUUUUAUGCCACGGGGUGUCCGUGUGGGCGUUUGCUCGCAUGCCCGAUGCGUUGGAGCUGCGUUCGGCUUUUUCCGUCGCUCGUACCACCAGUAUGGAAGGCGGCCCAAAGAUGGUUGUAACCUUCGACAAGUUCUACGUAAACAUCGGCGGUGACUUUGAACCCAAAACGGGAUUAUUCCGCUGCCGGAUCCCUGGAGCGUACUACUUCUCCUUUACUGUUGGGAAAUUCCCACACCGGGAUUUGUCAGUGAUGCUGAUGAAGAACCGGAACGAGGUGCAGGCAAUCAUCUAUGAUGACAAUGGUGGUGAGGAACGGAAGGUCCAGAGUCAGAGCGCCAUGCUGCAGCUCGACUUCGGCGACACAGUCUGGCUACGUCUCCACGGUGACCCGCGUUAUGCGAUCUAUAGCAACACGGGGCACUACACGACCUUCAGUGGAUACCUGAUUUAUCCAGAUAUCUACACCUUCCAAGAGCACAAUCAACAUGACCAAGCAACAACUUUCCCCCAGCACACACCCCAGCAAGUGGACACAGACGGGCCUGUGGCUGAAGAAAAGAAAGACAAAGAGAUCAACGAGGUGAGGAGGGAUGUAGAGGAAGAGGAGGACCAGAGGUCGGCUUUCUCAGUGGGUCGCACGCAGAGCAUUCUGGGUAUAGAUAAAGUUUAUCCUGAGCACAAGCCGGUUAUAUUUGACACCGAAUUUGUCAACAUUGGAAAUGACUUUAACAUGAGUUCGGGCGUGUUCCUAUGCCAAGUCCCCGGAGCAUAUUACUUUUCCUUCAACGCCGGUAAACUGCCUCACAAAACCCUUUCUGUGAAGCUGAUGAAGAAUCACCUGGAGGUCCAGGCCAUGAUAUACGAUGACAGCGACACUGAGAAAGCCUUGCAGAGUCAAAGCUUGAUGCUGCAGCUGCAGGAAGGAGAUACGGUUUGGCUCUACAGUCACCAGAGGGAAGGAUUCGGUGCGUACAGUAACCAUGCCAAGUAUAUCACCUUCACUGGAUUCCUGGUGUAUCCAGAACUCCCCCAGAAGCUCGUGCAGCAGCAAAAGCAGGGUAAAGAGCUUUAAGCAGGAACCGAGGCACAACAUUCGGUCUCUGUCUGUGAUCAGAGGUCAGAAAGACAGCGGGUUUUGUCUGCAUGUGGACUGCAUCCAAAUAAAUCUUUUCACUCUGUCAGCUCUUGUGAACUCAUGCAGGGACACCUGAAGUUGUGAUAUUUUUAUUUUUUUGGUUCUGCUCUGUUUUCUGUUCUGUUCUGAUUCUUUCCUCUUCUAUUUGCAGUUUCUUUGUGGAGGAACUAUAGAAUAAGCACAAAAGCUUAAUGAAAAAUAUAUAACAAAUAGAAAGACACAUUUCAGGAGCAUAAAAGUCGUAGUGUCCUGAAUCCCAGAUCAGAUCUAUGCACUGAAAAAGCCUUGAUACUUUUCAGUUAUACCAGUUCACAUAUAUAUAUAUAUUAAAUUAACCCUAAUAUCAAAACUAAUAUAAUUAGUAAACCUAAAACUAAUUCCUGAAGCUCCACAUCCUUCUUUCUAGCUAACUACGAAAUCUUUAGUCACGAUGGAAAUGAUGGAGCAGAAGCUCUCCAGAAGUUCUCAGAUCUCGGCUCAUAUCCCUGCCGCCACUUUCCCUUCUAUAUAGUUCCAAUAUCACUCUUUUGUUAUUUAGCUGAAGGUGUGCAUUCAUUCAUUCAUUUUCAGCACCUGUUCAUCCUGGUCUCGCUGAAUCCUGUAUCAGAAACAUCAGGCAUGAGGGAGAAAAACAUCCUGACAGAUACAUCACUAGCACCAUGCACAUUCAUACCUAAGGUCAUGCCUAAGGUCCAUACUGGCACACAUCAGGGAG